AUGAAGGAAGAAGAUGCUAAUUUCACAUUAGCUCGAAAUACAGCGCACAAAUCACUCGCUAUAUAUAGUUAAAAAAAUAUAUAGUAUAUUAAUUACCGGUAUAUAAAUCAACAUGUUUACAUUGCGUCGCAUUAGUCAACGUCUAAAUCCAAAGCAAAUUGAACAACUGAGAAUGUCGCAUGUCGGUGAACUGGGAAGUGGAGCAGGCAAAGGCGGUGGCGGUGGUGGAUCCAUUCGCGAAGCUGGCGGCUCUUUCGGCAAAAUGGAAGCAGCACGCGAGGAAGAGUUCUUCUACAAGCAGCAAAAGGAGCAGCUAAAGAACCUCAAGACCAAGACAGACACCAAACCAGAUGCCAACAAGAAAUAAGAUUAACCAGCAGCAAUUUAGAUUCUGUAGAUGUGUUUUUUUAUGGGUAAACAAACAAAAAAAGACUUGCCUUGUGAAUGUCAACAGCAAACAGCUGACGACUUCAUGUGGUUACUAACGAAAUUGAUUACAAAUUAUUAAAAAUAAAUAAUUGAAAACUA